UUAUAUCACUUAAAAUUAUUUUAAAAAUGAAUAAUGAAGAAGAUGGUCAACUCACUUCGCGUUACAGUUAUCAGGAUUUUUUGGAAUUACUUUCAACCUAUGAGGGUGAGGUACAAGCUAGAGAUGUUAUAAUUGAUUGUCUUCUCAAAAAACAACAGUUAACUUCUACUCCCAAUCUUCCUUCAAAUUCAACAGCAAAUGCAUUAGAAUCCUUAGUUAGAGAUUCAACAUAUAUAGAUUCUUCUAGUCUACAAUCAGUCAAUCGUUGUUGUUCUUCUUGUAGCAAUAAUCUUUUGUCUACUGCAAAAUUUCUUCUUUCACAAAGAGAGGCUGAUAUUAAAAUUGAAAAGUGCCUAAACUUAUUAACACAACGUCAUUCAAAAUAUAUGGAAGAAUUGGCGGAAAAGCAUAAACAUAUUCUUGGCAUUGCUAAAGGCGAGGAUGGUUAUAUUAAAGAAUUGGAACUUGAAAGGGAUCAGCUUUUUGAACAGGUUUUUAAUUUUUGGGUGAUUAUGAAUUUUUUUGAGAUUUUAUUCUCUUUUUGGCUAAAUAUUUGGUGGUUUUCGGAUUAUUUUCAAACAUUUUUGUACCAAAAAUUCAAAAUCGGAAGAAUAAUAGGCUCUUGUCUAGUUCUUAAAAAUCGUCAAGAUGAUUUUACCGAAUUGGAAGAAGAAAAGACAAAAAUUGAACAAAAAUAUUUGGAAGAAAGAGAACGUGAAAAACUUUUGGUUCUUUUCUUGUUAGAAGAACGAGGAAAAUUGCUAAAAGAGAUUGGAGAACUUAAAGCUGUUAAUAAAACGUCAACAGCCCCCUCAGAAUCUUCAUGUACAACUUCCUCAAACGAUUCCAAUUUAAAAUUAUUAUACGCAAAUUUGGAAGAAGAAAACAAACAAUUACACAAAUCAUUAAGACAUGUUCACUCUGAAAAAUCGAUUCUACAAAAAAGAUUGGAUUUUUUGUUGAGAGAUUUGCAGCAAAAUGAGUUUCAACGUCAAUUUCAUUUUCUUCAGCCUAGAACAGGUUCCAUAUCAGAAAAAGAAAUGAUUAUAAUUGGAACGCCCACAAAUAAUUUUAACAACAACACAAUGCCUCCCCCAUUUCCAACAGACAAAAAUAGUCGAAUUAUUUCUAAUAAUAAAAUUAAAAAUUCUUCAAGUUUUCCACAAACAUUAGACAAUUUACAACAACAAUUAAAUAAAAAACCUCCAAUAGAACGAAAACAAUCCACAAAAACUUCACAUUUUGACCCUCAAAAUAAAUUGUCGACGAAUUGUCAUUUUUCUUCAAGUUCGUCAAUUGUCCCCCAAAGUGUCGGUAAUUCAACAACAACAAUGUUGGUUAAUACAAGAAAAACAUCUCAACAACAACAACCUAAAACUAAUGUUUUUAAUAAUUUAAAUAAUAACAAUUUUCAACAACAACAGCAACAACAUUAUUAUAGAAAUAUAAAUGUUGGUGGGAGUGGGGGAACAUUUGAACAAAUGAAAAAAUAUCAACAACAACCACAAACAGUUAUAUGUCGUCGAAGUACUUCACUUCCUCGCCGUAUAAUUAGCGCUGCACAACAAAAUUCACCAAUUUCAACAAAACAUUUACUUCUUCCCCAUAAUUCCUCUGAACAACAACACCAACAACGUAAUGAUUUUUAUCAAAAACCCCCACUUAUGGGAACAACAAAUUAUGCAAAUAAUAAUAAAAAUAUGUGA